AUGUCGAUACGGCCAGUAAAUAUUGAUGAAUUCACAGAGACCUCUUUCGAAGACAUUGAAGCCUCAGUGAGCCCAACAAAUUGGAAGAAGAGAAGCCAACAGUCAUCGCCGUUGAGAGAUGUUGCUGCCGCUCCCUCGACUGCGAGCUCUGAAAGCACCACCUUCUCUAAUGACAAGAAACGGUACUCUACACACACGGAGAGUGACGAGGAUGGCGGCGCCUUCUUAGACGAUUUUGAAGAAUUCCACGGUAAAGCUAGUAGGGGCGAAAUCGUGAAAUCUCACUUCGAAAAUGUGAACUUGGAGCCUACGUUUAGACCUAGCACCGAAGCACAAGAGAGCGAGGGUGAUGACGAACUGCAGGAGCUUACACGGCGUUUUGGAAAUAAGUUCGAUAUUAAGAGCAGGCAUCUUAGUGGUGCUCAGCGUCCUCGUUCAGCAUUCAAAACCUUUAAGCAACCUCAAUCAAUGAUGGACUUGCGGGAGUCUACCACAAGGCCUUCUUCGAGAAGCUCCCACGAAUUAACAAACAGCAAGUCCGCUACAAAUUUAAGAUCCGGAAGCCGCUUGGGCCCCAGAGGCAUCCAGUACAAGAAAUCAGUUCCCGCACUAUCCAAGUAUGAUAUGAUACGCGAGGAGGACGAACAAGACAACUAUAACGAUGAGUUUGAAGAUGAGCUUAAGUUUGAAAAAAGCCUCUUACAGCCUCAAUUCUUACCCAAAGAGGAUGAGGGCUCUUUGCUGGAUUUGUCGCCGUCACAAUACACAAUAACAGCGGAUGACUCCAUUCUAACACCCCAGCUCCAUAAAAGGCACCGCGACUGGGUACGGCCCAGCCAGUUAGAGAUGUUCAGAGAGCCACUGCGGCAUGAGAAACCAGCGGUGAAACACAGGGAUUCCCGAAAGCUUUCGGUUAGCCACCGUCUCAAAACGAUCAAACAAGAGAUAGAUCACAACACUCCUAUGAAGAAAGGAAGGAUGGUCUAUAACCCCGAAACGCUGAAGUGGGAGGGAAAUGAACAGGCGCUGGCGAAGUUCAGGGACGUUGAUUCUUUUGACAAAAAGGCGCUUGUAAUUCAGGGAAGACCUGAUCUUCAACCACCCCGCGAAAGAUCUUCGAGCACAAGGUCCGGAACCAGAAAGCACGGAAAAGUGGUCGGCCGUAUGAUGUUUGAUCAAGACAACUUGCGCUGGAUACGGCUUGACGGCGACGAGAAAGAUCCGUUCGCAGAAAUUCCCGACUACAUACCGCCAGUGAGCUUCUCUGAACCAUCUCUAAAGAAAAAACUACCCACAAAAAGAUCACAGAGUCAGUUUGCGCCAAGCCGCGAUCAGUGUGGCGGGCGCUACCCUUCUUCUGCUACCACGAGAUACCACUCUCUUAAUACGCCAUCGUCUAGUAGCGACCCGACUUUCAACAUUGAUUCUAAGUCUUUGGAAAGAUUCUAUCAUGAAGAGAACAAAUGGAGUAAAAAGGUAGGGGGGUGGUUUAUCUUGAGAGAUGCCGAGGCCGAAGGGUACGGAGCUGACCAGGAGCUGCCUGAUCCGAAAAACAACAGCUACAUGUAUGAGAUUAGAAACAUGGUGAUGAGUUCUGCACGGAAUUGA